AUGAAAGAUGGCUAUUAUUUUACAAAUUUCAACAGUGAAUGCAUAGUGGAGGAGCACUGCGCCAACUUCCCCAGAGUGCAGAGGAAUGGUCUCCCGGGUCUCUUCUCGGGGAUCUGGACGAGAGACAGAGAUUGGGUCCCGCCGGGGCUACAAAAAGCCGCCAAGACGAAGGCAGACGAGAGCAGGACCCGUAAGGGGCGCAGCCUCCACCGCGCCCGGGCGCCACCCGUGGGACCCCCCGUACGGCGCGGGGGAAGCGGCCGCCCCGUCCAGCGGCCCAAGCGCACCAUACAAGGAGGCGGCGGCCGUGGUGAGCCCGGGCUGGGAGCAGGGCAUCCCCACAGCCCACCCGGCCCCACCGCCGCCCCGCGGUCGGUAACGGGCGAGGCGGGCAGCCACUCCUCCCCCCGUCGGGCGGCGGCGGCCUCGCCCGGCAGCCGGGGCCGCACCAGCAGGCGCCGGUGCUCUCUCGCGCUGGGGAAGGAGAAACUUCGGGGACACGGCGUAUCAGGCACCGUCGAGAGUGAUGGGAAGGGGAAGCGGCACUACCCGCUCCCCGCCGCCGAGCCCCGGCAAGGGCAACGGCUCACCGCACCUAAGAGGAGGGCAAGAGCCGCCGCCACGCCCCGGGGCAGGGGGGUAAGGUCUGCCCCGUCCCCUCGCCCCGGAGUCCUCCGCGGGAUAGAGCCGAAAGCGGCCGGCAGAGGCAGCGUCCCUCUCCGCCCACCGGGGACGGCUCUGUGCCUCUCCCGAUCGCUCACCUUCACGGAUCGGGCCGCACUGGCGUCCGAGCUGGAGCUGCCGCCGCCGUCCUGGGCAUCUCCGGGAGCGCCACGGGGAAGCGCCGCUCCGGUCGGGCUCAGCCCCUCACCCCCGUCGCUCCUGCCGCCGCCGCCUCGGCCGCUGCCAUCUUGUCCUGGCGGCUGGAAGGGAAGAGCCCCUGCUCAGCCCGCUCGGCAGCCCGGGCCUCCGCCUCAUCUUCCCUGGGAGGGACCCAGCCCGCCCCCGGCCGCCGCCUCCUCCGCCUCCCCCCGCCUCCGCCGCUGCCCUGCCCGCGACGGCCUAGCGGCGCCCGUCGCCGCCCAUCGCCCCGGAGGCGCGGGACUAAGGCACGCCGAGCGCUGCGGAGGGGGCCUGCGAGCCGUGCUGCACCGAGGCCCCGCUCCGGCGUGUCCUGGCCCCAAGACCGGCCUGUGGAUCCCGGCCUGCGGUGCCUUCCCGCCGUGCCUUCCCGCCCGCUCCACCGCCCGCCCAGGCUCGGUGCCUCAGCGGCAGCGCCCCCACCGGGCCCUGCCAUGCGACGCUCGCCGCAGCCGGGAGCCGCCCCGUGCCGCCGCUGCCUCCCCCGGCGCUGUCAGGGCUCCCCUCUCCCGAGCCUGCAGCAGUUCCAAGCCCUCCCUCUGUCCCUAA